GACGAAUCAAUCUUGCUUGCAUUGCACAGUCGCGGUAUUUUUUUCAUUUUGUAUUCAAAGUGGUUCUAUGCGUACAUCCACAAGGUUAUUGUUUUAGUUUAAGGGGGCCAGCCCCUGGCCGUUGAACUUUUUCAAUGCCGUGAAAAGUACAAUCACGAUGAGCAAAAUGUCCAAGAACAAAUUGAACCUGACCCUCCCACCGGGGUCUAUCGACACGGCCCCGGCUGUGACUCCAUCGAAUAUGACUCCGCAGUUGAAGUCUGCGACAGCAACUGACCGAAUGACGGGCCUCGCUGGAAAAUCGAAGAGCAGCAUCGAGGUCCUCACAGAGAGGCUGGAACAGAUCGAGAUGGACGACACCCAGCGACGACGGAUAGAGGUGUUCCUCUGCCAGAAAGAGAAGAUCGGAGAGCUGAGCGAUGAUGACUUUGAGAAACUCGGCGAACUGGGUCAGGGCAACGGUGGCGUCGUAAUGAAAGUCCGUCACAAGUCAACCGGCCUAAUCAUGGCGCGCAAGCUCAUCCACCUCGAAGUGAAGCCAGCCAUCAAAAAACAGAUCAUCAGAGAGCUGAAGGUCCUACAUGAAUGCAACUUUACCCACAUCGUUGGAUUCUACGGGGCCUUCUAUAGUGAUGGUGAAAUCUCCAUUUGCAUGGAAUAUAUGGACGGCGGCUCUUUGGAUUUGAUUUUGAAGAAAGCUGGCAGGAUUCCAGAGUCAAUUUUAGGAACUAUCACCUCAGCGGUACUGAAAGGGCUGAGCUACCUGCGCGACAAGCACGCCAUCAUGCACCGCGACGUGAAGCCAUCGAACAUAUUAGUGAACAGCAACGGCGAGAUCAAGAUCUGUGACUUUGGUGUCUCCGGGCAGCUUAUUGACUCAAUGGCCAACUCGUUUGUUGGCACUAGGAGUUAUAUGUCGCCGGAGCGUCUACAAGGCACGCAUUACUCCGUUCAGUCGGACAUCUGGUCGCUCGGUCUGUCUCUAGUAGAGAUGGCUAUCGGGAUGUAUCCCAUCCCCCCGCCCGAUGCCAAGACCUUGGCGCACAUCUUCGGCGCGCAGAACGAGGACCACUCCCCCGGACAGUCCGUCUCUGCCAUCCCCGCGCCGAACUCGCCCCGGCCGAUGGCGAUAUUCGAGCUCCUCGACUACAUAGUCAAUGAGCCGCCUCCCAAGCUGCCCUCCGGUCUGUUUUCCGACCACUUCAAGGACUUCGUCGACCGCUGUCUCAAGAAGAACCCGGAUGAGCGGGCCGACUUGAAGACCCUUAUGAACCACGAGUGGGUGCGGCUGGCGGAGGCAGCUGGCGUGGACAUCGCGGGCUGGGUCUGCAAGACCAUGGACCUGCUGCCUUCCACGCCCAACUCUAACGUGUCUCCUUUUUCUUCAUAAGCUGCAAGAAGUGCAUAAUUUCAACAGCGAAAAAGGGUCAAAACAUUUCCCAAGAAAGAGCGGGCGACACGAUCAGUGAAGAUUCGGGGUCCGAAGAGCAUUGAGGUCGGACAGAGAUAGCAGUAUGUCAACUCUAGAUACCAUUUCACUCGCACGUCCGGCACUGUCAGGGCGAACUACCCGGUGGUUGUCAUUGAAACCAGUCGUUGGCUCCUAAUUGCCGA